AUGUGCGGUCUUUCGUCCAGUUGGAACACUAUAACGUGCGACCAACCGAGGACCACGUCGAACGUGGCCAACGACACCAACAAAACCUCUUUUGUGGUGAGCAGAACGCAGUAUUGUGUCUGGUUGCAAGGAACAGCUAGGUCCAGCAGCCUUGUCCAGUGGUUUGCAACCACUUUACAAUUCUGGCUGGCAGGGGUCCACAUGUGUGCGGAGGAGCGCGAAAGAACGACCAGCGUGUCGCUCUGCUGGCCAAACACGAUCUUCUUGAAAUUGGACAGUUCUGCCGGGUCGAAGAUCGACGACGAGUACACCAGCUUGAAGUCGUUGAACACGCGGUCGAGGUCGCGCUUGAGCAGCCGGUACAGUCCAAAGUUGCCCUUCACGUCGACCGCUCCGAGGAACGAGCCUGUCUGUGGACACACGCACACGUCUGCGAACGCCUGGCCGGCGAGCGAUUUGUCUGGGAUCUCCACGAGUCGGGCCACCCCGACGUGGAACCGGCUUUCGAGACGGGCCUCAAACACAGAGAUGCCCGUGCUGGUGCGCACGCCAAACAGGUGUGUGUUUGGGAGCACAAACACCUGCUUGACUCUGGAGCUGAACUCGAGGGCCUUGGUGGCCGAUAGGGCGGGCUCUGGCGAAGUGUCGAGCACGCUCACGGCGACAAGCGUUCCGAACGAACUGUGUGCCACUGGCGAGACCGCGGCUCGCGCCGUUUGGGGAAAUCAAACGUGUCGUCCUGGCGUCUAUAAACACACGUUCCGUCCACACCGUACGCCAGGUGGACGUGGUUCCCAGGCCACAUUGAAAAGGAAUAACUUUGAAAAGGUUAUACAAAAUAUUUUUUUGGUAGCUAAUUUAUCGCGAUUACUUGCUGGCGUCGUCAAAGGACUCGAACCGCAGAUCCCAGCCGAUCUGGGGGCCGAGUUUCGGCAGCACCUCGGCAACACUCUGGACGUCCUUGUCUCCUCUUCCAGAAACGUUGAUGAUGACGUGCUGGUCCUUGGACAUGGCCUUGGCCUUCUGCAGAGCUCCGUAGAUGGCAUGCGACGACUCGAGCGCAGGAAUGAUACCCUCGUACUGCGAAAGCAAACGGAACCCUUCCAAGGCCUGCGCGUCGGUAGCAGCAACAAACUCCACACGGCCCAGGUCCUUCCAGGCAGAAAGCUCGGGUCCAACACCAGGAUAGUCCAAUCCGGCAGAAACAGAGUGAGUGUCGUGGACCUGGCCGUCAGAGUCCUGCAGAACGUACGUCUUGACUCCGUGGAAAACACCAGGCUUUCCGGCAGUCAGCGUGGCAGAGUGUCUGUCUGUGUCCAGUCCGUCUCCUCCAGCCUCGACUCCCAGAAGCUUGACGCUGCUGUCUUUCUCGAACGGAGAGAACAUACCGGUGGAGUUCGAGCCUCCACCAACGCACGCAACAACAAGGUCUGGUCCAAUAGCAGAGCCAACAAUGUAGUGUGUGUCUGCCAAAUGAGACACCCAGUAUCUGAAGGCCUCAGAAGUGGCGUCUCUCAAAGUCUUGGUACCGUUGGUGACGGCAAUGACGUUGGCUCCGAGGAUUCUCAUCCGGAACACGUUCAAAGCCUGUCUUCUGACGUCCUCUGCUCCCAUGAAAACCGUACACUUGAUACCGAACUUGGCACAGGCAGUGGCAGUGGCCACACCGUGUUGGCCGGCUCCGGUCUCUGCGAUGACGUUGGUCUUGCCGAGUCUUCUGGCAAUCAGGAUCUGUGCCAGAGCGUUGUUGAUCUUGUGCGAUCCGGUAUGGUUGAGGUCCUCUCUCUUGAGCCAGAUCUGGGCGCCGCCCGCGCCUGCAGGGCCUCUGGAACGUACUGGCCGCCGUACUCGCCAAACCGCGGGUUGUGCAAGUGCUUCUCAUCGAACUUGACCUCUUCAGGAAGAUUCAGCUCGGCCUCGAUCAAACCCUCGCCCACGGUGUUUUCUCCUUCGCCGGUCAGAAUCGACUUGACAUACUUCUUAGCAGCCUCGCCUCUCUGGCCCUUAGGAGUCUCGUCCAGAAUGGUCACCAGCUUCGAACCAAUCACAACUCCGUCAGAGCUCGAACCAACUUGCAAAAAGUGCUCUCUGGUGGACACACCAAACCCAACAGCCAAUGGAGCACUGCCUCCAGUCAGCUUGCGAACACGGUCAACAAGACUGCCAACGGUCGCACUCACAGAAAUGGUGGCUCCAGUGGUGCCCAUACGCGAAACAACGUAG